AUCACAGUUAUUACCUUAUCACUUAUUACUUGUAUUACUUUUGAAAUUUAUUACUUAUUACCAAGAAAUAAGUAAUAACGCUUUUGUUAUUACUUAUUACUAGUAAUAGUAAUGUAGCAGCCCUAAUUGUAACAUAGUAUUAUCAUUUUUUUAUCAUAGAAGGUAAUGAAAAGCUUCUGGAUUUGAGAAGCACACUCAUUAAACUAUUUACACACAUGUUUACGUCAAAAUUGUCGUUCCUGGAAGAGAAGUAGAGUGUGACGAAUACUAUGACGGUGAAGUCUGCGCUCUAUUCAUAUUCACUCUACAACCAGAAGUUCUCUCUUAUAGCCAAAGGUUAUCAAAUACAUGUGUACGUUGAGAUCUAAUAAAAUUUUACAGUCUAUCCAUUUUGGCCGAAAGGACAUUUCUGCCACUACUACCAUAAAACUUUAUUGUAACAGAAGAACGUCCUGCGAACAUUGGACUUGUCAGAAAAUAGAAAACGACAGUAAAGAUUAGCGACAUUCAUCAUGUAACGAUUUUCGAAGGAUGCAAUGAAACCUUUUUUGAAAAGCGAGCAUCCUCAACUAAAGCCUGUAUAUAACUGGAACCAUCUUACCUGCGUGUACAAUCUAGAGCACAAAAAACUUUCACUUUUUAUUAUUUCUGUUUAUUUUAGUGUCGCAUACUUGCUUUUUUACGCUUGAUUUACCGCCAUAUUCAACAGAAGAAAUAAUGUACGAACGUUUAAAUUAUGCAAUCACACAUUGCUCAAGCAUUGACGGUGAUUAUGGGUUGAAUGAACCAACAAUGCAGCCUGAUUUAGAUGAAGAAGAAGAUAUAUCAUCCACUAGAAACACAGACUCUGGAGAGAGCACACUUCAAGACCAACAUCCAUUAAGUGCCUUAAUUAUUGUUGAUGUUCAAAAUGAUUUCAUUCAUGGUACAUUGGCGAUGAAAGAUUGCCCAGCUAAACAAGAUGGUGAAGCAGUCGUACCUAUCAUCAACCAUUUGCUGAAAACUGUUCCAUUUGAUGUCGUUGCCUACACGCAAGACUGGCAUCCAAAAGAUCAUAUUUCAUUUUAUGAAAACUUGCACCUUCGACAACAUUUAAUUUCAUCCAAAAGUAAAGUAAAUGCUACAACAGCUAAUCUCUACGAUACUGUUAGAUUUAAAACACCAAUUGGAGAACAAGUUCUGUGGCCAACGCAUUGUAUUCAGAAUACAAGCGGUGCUCAAUUACAUGAAGCAUUGAUCGUUGCCCAUAAUUCUGUAUUCAUAUUGAAAGGCGAUAAUUCGAACAUUGACAGCUACUCAGCCUUUUGGAGUAAUCAAAGAAAAAGUAGAACCAAUUUAGAUAAAAAGUUGAAAGAACGAAAUAUUCGCAAUGUUUACAUUGCUGGAUUGGCACUCGAUUUCUGUGUUGCAUCAACCGCUUCUCAUUCGCUAGAACUAAACUAUCGGACAUUCAUCAUUGAGGAUGCAUGCAGAGGUGUCGAUGAAUCAGUAAUGAAAAUUAAAGUUGAGGAAUUGAAGAAGGAUGGAUGCGAAUUCGUUCAAGCAGAUAUGGUAGAAUCGCUGGUCCGUGGUUUCAUGCCUAAUGAUUAG